CCUUUCACCGCUGUGGUGGCCAACGUGAAAUGUGAAAUUCUUCCCAGGUUGUGUCAUUUUGCCUUGAAAUAAUUCGUCAUCGCCAGAAACAGGGGAGGACUCGGGUACCUAAAGAGACACAACAUGUUUAAUCGCUGGUCGCCAGGUUUGAGGGCUGACCAGGCGCGGUCAAGAAAAAGAUUAGAGGAGGAAGGCCUACAUGAGCAGCUGGAGGAGAGAUUUCGGAAGACACUUUACUAUGGAGAACUACCAGAUGAUGACGACUGCCCCUCUCUGCCUCUGACAAACUUGGCUGUGGAGUUCUUCCAGGAUGCGACCCCCCGUGGACUGGGCCAAGCAAACAUGGCGACAGCUUCGACCCUGACAAGUGACACCUGUGUGUCACCAGGCUCCCUGGUCACUAGUAUGAUCUAUGCCACACGUUUGCGCCAAAGAAAUCCUGACUAUCUUCAGAAAAUGUCUUCCUCUGAUCUCUUCUUCAUUUCGGUGAUGAUGGCCUCUAAGUACAUGUAUGAUGAAGGCGUGGAUGAAGAGGUCUUCAACGAUGAGUGGGCAGAAGCGGCUAACAUGGAACUUGAUGAAGUCAAUCAAAUGGAGCGAGACUUCCUCUCGGCAAUGGACUGGCAACUGUUCGUCUCACAGUCCGAAUUCCUCAAAUCUGUUCAGGACAUUGAAAGAAGAAUUGCAUGGACUCAAGGCUGUGAUCGAGGAUGGCUCUCUUAUACUGAUUUAGAUGUUCUAUUCCAUGACAAACUUACCAGACAUCUCUGGGAAUACAUAGCAAAAGAAUGGCUUCUGGUGAUCACUGUGAGCUCUGCUGCUUAUGUGGCAAGCUUCCUGACCAUGGUGGGAUCCACUGCACUGGCCAUACAACUCUCAACCACAAUGGCCGGCUGUGCAUUACACAGACCACCUAUCAUUGACCACCCUCACACUGAUCGACCAAACAUGUCACUGCCGGUCAUCCCUGCUGGAAAUGUGUUUGGUGAAGAACUGGACUCUGCUGAACCCGACCUUGAAGUAUCCCAUGUCCUGCCUACUCUAGGUGAAGGUCUUGAUGCCAGUUUUGAACUGAGGUCCAAUUACUCACAGCCUCCGAGAAAUGAAUCAAGCGAAGGCAGAGAGACAGGUGCUCAUAAUCUGCUGGAAAAGGUUCUACCUCAACUCUGGGCUGUGGUUGCCUUCAAAGACAAAUUUGUUCAGUUGAUGUGUGCAUUCAGUGCUGGACUCAAGCAGAGGGGGGCAGAGAGUUUGCGGACGAUCCCCAGAAAAUGUGUGUCAAGCAGAGGAAACAAGCAGCAUCUGAAUUCUGACAACAUUGCCAGCCCAACAGUCAACUUUGAUGAAAUGGAACGUCUCCGAAUGCCGCCAAAGCUGAACCACCAAUGCCAUGCAUGUCCUCAUUGCCAUGGAAACGACCAAUCCCAAAACAAGAAAUUCUGCCCUUUGGCUCAUUUGACCAAUGAAGAUGAUGCUAGUGCUAUGGACUUGACCCGUCUGAAAUCCGACCUUGAUAUUGAACCUUGGUGUUGCUAUGGCAACCGUCCUCCAGAUAGUCCAGAUCUGAACUUAGAAUUAUUACAGUAUCCCGACAUCACUCGGGGAUUUUCAACCGGUGUCCCUAUUGCUGCCUAGUGCUAGUAAACAUAUUGGUCCCACAUACUGGGUAAACAAUGCUCUGUUAAGUAAUCCUUAUGUUUGAUGUGUUGUUUGAGUCUAAUGCAGUUUAUGUUGGUACAUUUGUUACACCAAAUACUUUUGUGUUUUGUUUAGAUUGUUAAUUUGUUCAAAGCAGACAGUUCAUUUCAAACUACUCAAGAAGAGUAGACUGUUUGGAUGGCUUUUUAGUAGACUAAACAACAGCUUAUGUCUUUUCUUUUCAGGGCAACUGAUUUGUCUACUGAGUCUGCCUCAUAAUAAUUUCUAUAUUUUCAAAUGAGUACCUAUAGCAGCAUCUUGGAACACUCUGUGAAGCUGAAGAUUCUGUAGAUUUGUCAUGAAAAAGGUGACCAAAUUUAUACUGUUACAUUUGUAAUUCACAUUACACAGUUUUAUUUUUUAAAUUGCCAACUUUGUAUCACCUUUUGUGUGAAACGAGUAAACAUAAAAUCAAAUAUCAGAAUAAAUCAGUACCUUGAUUUCAAACAU